CUAUCUUCCUUUUUGUGAUUUACAAUUUUUAUUUUAUUUUCAUUUAUUUUAUUUUAUUUAUAUUUUUCUCUACCUUUAAAUUUAGAAUCCUUUAUAAUUGACAGCCUAAUAUAUAUUGAAUCUUUUUACAUCCAAUUUUAGUGAUUUAAAGUUUCAACCUUCAAGUAUGUAUAUGCACCAUUUAAAGUUUCUAUUAAACCAAGAAAAGGGUUGGAAAAAAAAUAAAUAAAAAAAAUUGAUGAGAUAUUUUUUGUAGCUUAUUGAUUGCUUUUUGAAUCAGCUAUUUUUCUUAACUUGAUCCUUUAUCGCUGUUUGUUGUGAACAUGGAUAUGACUGUUAAUAAUAUAUCAACUAUAUUGAGAACUACCUCAGAUGUUUUAUUUUUUGAUGGAGCAAUGGGCACUGAGUUGGAAAAAAGAGGUGUUGAUGUUUCAAACCCUCUUUGGUCUACAAUUGCUCUAUUAAAUAACCCUUCAACAAUUAAAGAAAUUCAUAUGGAUUAUUUGAAAUCGGGUUCUAAUAUUCUUAUAACAUCCACUUAUCAAACUUCUAUCAGGGGAUUGAUUCAAUAUGAUAAAUUAUAUUUCUCAGUAAAACAAAACUGUGAUGAUGUUAUUAAUAAAAGUGUGGAAUUAGCAAAUAAUGCCAAAAUUGAAUAUCUCCAAAAUCAAAUUCAAAAUCAAAUUCAAAACCAAAAAACAAUCAAGCCAUUAUUCAUUGCAGGCUCGAUCGGUCCGUAUGGUGCUUUCUUAUCAGAUGGUUCUGAAUAUACAGGAAAUUAUGGAGACAUCAGCAUUGGCGAAUUGAAAAAAUUUCAUUAUGAAAGAUUAAAGUUGUUAAUUUUAAAUAAAAAUUGCGAUUUUUUAAUAUUAGAAACAAUGCCUAAUUUUUUAGAAAUCAAAGUUUUAACUGAACUAAUUGAAGUUGAUUUAAAACAAAAACUAAGUGUUAACAAACCAUAUAUAUUAUCGGUUAGUAUCAAAGAUCCAUACCAUCUAGCUGACGGAACUAGUAUCUCACUCGUUACUGAUUAUUUGAAUAACAAAAACUUUUUUGACGACGGUAAUUUGAUAUCAAUUGGAUCCAAUUGUUUGCCAUUAAAGAAUUCAGUUUCGUUUAUAAAAAACCUUAAAAAUGCAAUUCCAGAUGGGUUUCCAAUAUCAAUAUACCCCAAUUCUGGAGAAAUUUACGAUGGAGUGAAAAAAAGUUGGAGCCCCGAUUCCGAAAUACUGGGAAAGGAGAAAUUGGAUCAAUAUAAAUUGGAAAAUAUAUCCAAAACAUGGGUUACAAAUGGUGCACGAAUUAUAGGUGGUUGCUGUAGAGUCGGUCCUCAAGAUAUAAAAAGAAUUGUAUCUUCCUUUUGAAAUAUCGUGUUUCAUUUCAAUUCUUUUAUUACAUUGCAAAUAAUAGCAUAUUAUAUUACCUCUUUCCGUAAGCCAAGCCAGAAUUUUGAGCAGACUCACAAAAAAUAAAGUUCUUGGUAAAGGAUUUCCAAAAGAACCGUUGUGGUGGAGUUUUUGCUUUCAGUUUCUGCUGCUUUUGCUGCUUUUGCUGCCUUUUGU